AUGUUUAUUUCAAACAAGUGCCCCCAUUCCUGCCUUCUGCUUUAUCUCGAUGAGGCAUUUGCUUAUACCUCUUUGAAAGCAAUUUGUGUGAACGGCAAGCACCUCUCUGCCGACGUAGAAGUGGGUCUUGCUUCAAUUCUACGCGUCUCCUUCUACUACCGCCACCUGAAGAAAAUGCAACUUGAAAUCGACUUGCCAAAUCACUCGAACAACGCACGUCCAGCAAUCACUCAAAGACCGCGACAGCAUCCAAAAAGCAGGUCUAAAAUCCGCUUUUGUGACACACCUAAAGCCACAGUGGCAAAUUAUCGCCUUUUUGGUGAAGAAGCCUUUAAAAAUGCUCAGCGUGGGCAUCAAGACCAUCUCUGCCUCUUAUCCUCCCACUUGCCCUCAGCCUCAGCUCACUCAGUUUCACGCCCUGAACAGCAUCUACAUCAGCCGAAUCUACGACGCACUUCUAUGACGGAAAUUCUUCAGCCAAACCUCUCCACAUCUCCACAAGCUCCGCUAUCCCACAGUCCUCGUCUGAGAGGCGAGGAAAGCCUGGAAAUCUGGAGACGGAGCCAUGGAACCUCCUCCCUACUCCGUCCUGGCCCCUCAGCAAUCGUAGGUACCACCGAUGACCUAAAAUCUCGAUGUCGAAAUGAAGAGUUCUUUCAGAACCUUUGGCGUGACCGAUUUCGAAGGCAGUCAUUUUUUGAUCAAAACUCCACCUUCGUUCCCGUUAAACCCAAUUUUUGCCGACCAAAAGUUACGGAAGAGGCCAAAGAAAUUUUCAUGAGGGGUCGGGGACUUACCAACGAUGGAAUGAACUUUAUUCUCAACCAGGGUUGGUCAGACAACACUGGAAUCAGAAGGGUUCAAUCGGCUGUCGAUGUGCAACGCUCCAAAGCUUUAACGCCCUAUUCUAGCAUUGACAAUGUUGCCGAUAUUUGGAAUUUCAAGGCACCACCAAUAGAAGCAAAGCCUCAGGCCGUUGAACCGUACUUUCAUGAGGGCUUACCAUGGAAAAGCAUGCGAGACAGUCGAGGAGUUGCGGCUGCCCUGGACCCUACAAAGAACUUUCUGUUUGACGGCCAUAAAAUACAACCCCGAGUUCAAUUCGAGGGAGUAGAAAUUGCACAGAAGAAUCGAGGAUCUGCUUUGUUUGGAGAAUCCAAUGAAAGCAUGACCCAUCCCGUUGCUAGAGUACGUCCAGAGGCGAAAGAAAUUGCAAAAACUCACAAAGGUGACGAUAUCAAACUUCUUAUUGCAUCUCCGGGCAGAUUAGAAGUCCCUCAACCGCCAUUGCGGCGAAAACUUAGUCCAGAUGGAUACAGAAUUGCACUUCUUUCGCGAGGUGGAAGCGCCAAGGCGUGCAUUAAUCCCAGUGGAAUGAAACGAUUUCCAAUGAGGGCCAUCAGGAACUAA